AUGGAGGAGUUUAGAAGGAUUGUCGAUGAACUAAGAAAAGAGGCCAAUGACGUUGAUAAAUAUGCAGAGUUAGCACAGGAUGCGGUUGUAAGAGAAAGCGCCGAUCUAUCAAAAGAAGAAACUGCAUUUAUCACAAAGCGAAGGCAGCUUCAGAAGGUGGCGUUUGCAAAGUUCAUUCACGAGGACCCGUCCAACAUUGAUGAGCGCGAUAUUCCUAUUGUGGGUAUAGCUUCCAGUGGAGGUGGGUAUCGCGCAAUGCUUGGUUUCACUGGAUAUUUGAACGCCAUGAAGCAGAGUGGUGUGCUCGACUGUACGAUGUACAUGGCUGGUGUUUCAGGAUCCUGCUGGUCCAUGGCUCUAUACUACCACCCCUUCAUUCAAGCCGACACACUCAGACUCAAGCAACACCUCGAGGGCCAAGUGAACGUACACUGGGCGAAUAUGUCACAUUUUCUUAAUCUGCUGACUGCUAGCCCUCAGCAUACAAAGACACUGUUGAGAGGAAUUAUUCAGAGACAACAGCACCAUGGCGAGACCAAUCUGGUUGAUAUCUUUGGUGUGCUUGUUGGUGCGUCUCUGUUUACAGACAACAAUCGUGCCUCAUCACUAGGACUAUCUAGCCAACAAGCUCUGAUCGAGAAUGGUCAAGAGCCACUGCCUAUUUAUUGUGUGGUGCGUCAUGAGAUUGGUGUCUCUGAAAGUCUUGUUGAAAAAAUGAAAAAAUUAAGUGAAUUCAAAUCAAAGAAACUACUGCAGGAAAAAGACGAGGAAGAAAAAAUAAAGAAAGACCAUUUGAAUGUCUACCAAUGGUUUGAGUUUACACCUUAUGAUAUGGGGUGUGAAGAACUGGAAGCUUGGAUCCCAACGUGGGCAUUUGGUAGACGGUUUAAGCAUGGAAGAAAUACGGAAAGAGUACCAGAAUUAUCACUUGAUAUAUUAUUAGGCAUGUUUGGUUCUGCAUUCGCAGCUAGUCUUGUUCACUUUUAUCAAGAGGUCCGAAGUAUCUUACCUACUACAGCAAUUGAACGAUUCGAUGAUACAGUAAAGCAGUAUGAGUUAUCCAUGUCAAACUUUCAUCCAAUCUCGCCAUCAUCCUUUCCCAACCCGUUCUAUAAACUCUCUGAAAAGACUGCCCAAGGACUGUCUCGACCACAGUCGAUCAUCUCUUCCCAGGAGUUACAUCUAAUGGAUGCUGGCAUGGACAACAAUAUACCCUUUUACCCGCUUCUGAGAGAAGGACGCAAUGUGGAUAUCAUCAUAGCUAUCGACUUGAGUGCCGAUAUUCAAACAGCACCUCAUUUUAAACGUGCUGAGAGUUAUAUCAAGCGAAGGGGCAUCGAUGGUUGGCCACAAGGGGCUGGAUGGCCAAAGAAAACCAACAAAAAGUACUCCUUGGGGACAUGUACAGUGUUUGAAGGAGAAUCAAGAGAGGAGAUACCCAGUCAGAAAGAAAAGCGAAAAUCAAUCAAGUUGGCUUAUUUUCCUUUUAUUUUGAAUGAACGGUAUGAUCCUGAGUUUGACCCUCAAGAGAUUGAGUUUUGUAGUACAUGGAAUUUUGUGUAUAGACGAGAACAAGUGCACAAGGUACUUGAGCUGGCAGAGCAUAACUGGUAUGAUAAUGUGGAAAUGAUGCGCAAGUUACUAAGAGAGACAUGGGAACAAAAGAGAAGAGAGAGAUUAAGACAUGAAGAGUAAAUAAAUACAAGGCUUUUAUUGUAAUAGAUUGUAUGCACAUGACUAUUCAUGGUUCUUUAUAUCACGCAUAACAGAAGGAUAAAGGUCAUAGUCUGGUUUCGACUGAUUGUCAUUAUUAUUGUUAAUCACAGGUGUUGUCUGUUUAGGGUGAUAUGUGUAGCAUGAAGGUGAAUUGUUUCGUUUAAAUCGAUACAAUGCAGGAUGAGUCAGGUCAUCUUCUUGUAUUGAGUAUUCAGUAACGGCUGUCGUAUUUGAGGUUUCUUUCUUUUGAAGCAUAAUUAAUUAAAUAUCAUGUAAUUGUGAAAAUGCUUGGCUUUAUUUAUAUAAAUUUAAAGAAUAUAAACCUUUCGAUGGUUUUAAUAUGGAGUGAUUUUAUU